AUGAGCGCGUCCGUCAAUUCCGACGUCACGCUGCUGACCGAGCAUCUCACGUAUCGGCCCGCGGCCUUGAUUGACGACAUUGUGAACAGUAUCAACGUCCUAGCAUUCAAAGCCUCCGAAGCCGUCGAGAAGGGCCUCCUCGCCGCCCACCCGGCCGACCUAGGCUUCACGCUCCCCCCGCCCACCACUCCCGAGGCCGCCGCCGCCACGGCCGAGACGGCCAAGCACGAGAUCGAGAACGGGGUGCACCAGCUCGAGACCCUCCUCGAGGCCAAGAUCGACAAGAACUUCGACCGGCUCGAGAUCUACGCCCUGCGCAACAUCCUCACCGUGCCGGCCGAGGUCCGGGACUGGGUCCGGCUGAGCCACUACGCGGGCCUGCACUUUGCCCCCGACGCUGACGCCGACGCCGACGCCGACGUCGCGAGCGUGACGCUGCAGCGGCGGCGGCUGCGCGAGACGCAGAAGCUGCACGCCCUGCUGGUGGCCGAGAGGGCGCGGAACGAGGCCACGCUGCGGACGCUGAGGGCCCUGCUGCGGAGCCGCGGCGGGGGGGUGGCGAAGCUGGAGCCCGGCGCGGCCGAGGGCGAGCAGGCGCCGUACCCGGCCUUCGCGUUCUUGCAUAACAAGGGCGAGUUGACGGGGGAUGUGAGGCAGCCGGUUACGACGACGGCGAGCUUCGCGUUGUCGCAGCUCCCUGCGCUCAAGAGCCUGUUGGAGAAUCUGGGCCCGAGAUUGGGGGAGUUGAAGGAUGGGAAUGGGAAGGCGGGCCUGAUCGGCGAGGAGGAGAAGAGUUGGAGGCGAGAGAGGUUGGAAUUCGUGGAGAAGGAGACGAGAAGGCAUUUGGAGAACGUCAGAGGGCUGGAACUUGGAGAGAUGGGGGAGGUCAGGGACGGGGAGUGGCAAGGCGAGGGACGGAAACUUGGGAAAGGGGAAGUGGAGGACUUGGAGAGAGUCAUUGGGAUAGUUGGUGGUAACGUAGAGCAAGAUUCAUAG